AUGUACUGCGCCGACCCCAAGGACAGCAUUUGCAUUAGCUUAUUUGACAGCCGAAAUAAAUCAAGUGGUGCGUUUUUGGCAUCUGUUGCUGGAAUAUCAGCUUUUGUUGGGUUUAGUGCCACUUUAUCAGCAGCUAAGAAAACUGAUCCAAAAUAUUUUAGUAAGGGACUACAUGGCAGUGUUGAAUUAGCAGACGCAGGUGCUAUACUUGCUUUAAGAGCACUUGGUUGGGGUACUCUUUAUGCCAUUGGUGGAACCACAUGCAUAUGUUAUGGUAUAUGGAAAUUUUCUGGUGCUAAAGAUCUUAAGGAUUUUAGAAUAAAAAUGGGAAAUUUACUGCCAAUUCUGCCCAGGAACAAUCCUCCACAGUCAAGAACAGAAUUCACUGGAUUAAAUGAUUUAUUAACUUAUUUAUCAGAAGAUUAUGGUAAAAAAAAAGAUGAUAGUAGGAAU